AUGGCGCGCUCAACGCCAGAGCUAUGGAGUUCCGUAUCGCUUUGCAUAGACUUAUCUACGGAGGGAUCAGCAAUUCAAGCAGAACUUUUGGAUCAAUGGUUGCGUCUUGCACAGGCUUUACCAUUAUCUAUCACAAUCACCUUCAACGAGAAAGAUGUUUACAAGUGGAACCGCGACUGGGAUGGCUAUAUGCCGAUUCCAGAGGAUGAGAUGAUCGUUGGCACCCCAUUGCCAACGGACGUUAUUUCAGUUGCCUCCUUGUAUUCCCAUCAAUGGGAGUCGCUCGAUAUUUUCCUCCCCUCUGCCUGGGCUGAAACCCUAGAGUCCACAAUAGGUCGCAUUCCCAACCUGAGAUCAUUGAGCUUGCAAUUUGUGCCGUAUAACUACUCCAGUUAUCCGUCAUUUUCCAAGACUUUCCUGGAUGCACCAAAACUUCGCACGGCGACUUUGGAUUUCGAAAGCAUGGACGUGGGGCUCCCCUACCAUCAACUAGAGAAGCUCACUCUUUCGUCAUUCAAAACCACACCCUUUCUAGCCGUCCUCGAAAAAUGCUCAAAUCUUAUGUCUUGCAGAAUAAUUGAAUUAUGGAAAGCGGGAAGCUAUGAUGAAUCAGGCUAUGCAUAUUCAUACUGGCAGCCCGCCCAACCCACCUCUGUCCAACUUCCGAAGCUCGUAUCACUAGAAAUCACGAGUUUGCGGCCGUCUGGGUUGCUCGCCUAUUUAGUCGCGCCUGCACUCGAAGACAUUGGUAUUUCUUUGGAGGACAAUUCCCAAAUCGAGGCUUUUUCCGCCUUUCUUAACCGCUCAAACAUCGUCUUGAAACGAUUGGCAAUCAUCGAUUAUAUGCCACGGGAAGAGAAUCUAUUGAUGCUGCUUAAUACACUCCCCAAUCUAUCGCACUUGGAGCUCAGGCUUGAUGGGGUCGACCGGGAUUCUGCUCGUUUGCGAGGGCUGUCUCGGAAUUUUUUUGACUAUCUUAGAAGCCCCAAUACGACAUUGGGUACUUUUCCGUUGCCGUAUUUGAAAAGCUUCAAAUACCAUGGUCCAAUGAAUUUCAAGUACGAAUAUCGUGACGGUCUGACAACUUGUGAUGAGGAGGCCUUCGGAUUCGACAUUGAAAAAAUGCUUCUAGCCAGAUGGAAUGCCCACCCCUCCUCCAAUGGCGCCUCGCAACUUCAAAAGUUCUAUAUGACUAUCACAAGCUGGCACGGACCAUCAAAGGAUAUGGUCCAUAUGGACCGAUCUUUUGUCGUGAAGGAUCUGAUCAAGGAGGGCAUGGAUUUAAUGUUUGAGGAAAAUGUGAUGACGUCUUACCGUGCGUACUAA